AUGGACAACGAUAACGAUGGUGAUAGCGUUGCUGUAUCAAGAAGUAGCAUCUGGGAGUUAUCAGAUUCUAGAAAGUCAUCAUUUGUCUCAUCGUCGAAUGCAGUUGAUAUCACAACUGUGGAAAGAACGUUAGAUCGUGAAGAAUCCAGACAGAAUCAGUCCAGUAUUUUGACGGUUACUGAUGGAAAAUUGCCUUUCGAUGACAGAUCUAUUCGUAGGAAAUAUGGAACGUUUUAUACACCCGAAAAUAUGUCACUUUUGCUCGAUGCGCUCAUCAGCGAUCAGAAUGAUGACUGGAGAGCUGGUAUGAAUGAACCGGUGAUUAUAUGGAGUCACGAAUCCAAAUAUCAUCCGGAUUAUGGUAAAUACUCACCUGGGAUCAUUCAGAGGUAUAUAGCAGAAACAGCCACCUCACGCUAUAUGUCAUUCGUUAUUUUGGGUAUCGUUGUCGCGUUUUUACUCUAUGUCUAUUUGAAUCAUCUGUUCGAAAUGCGUAUGCUACGUCGUCUACGUGAACAAGAACGUCUACGACAAAUUCUUCAGCAAUCUGCAAUUAUCAUGGCAAAUUCAGUGGUUGCACAGCACAUGAAUGACGCGACUGCUAAUCAAAGGCGUUUAAGCAUUCUGAAUCUUUUCCGUGCUUUUCGUUUAUGA